GGGCUGAGCGUGACAGAUGCACUUCUCUUCCCGGCCCCCUGCCAUUGGCUCCGCGCACUGGACCGGCAACGCGGGGCGCUCUAUAACGCCAUGCCUGCCUCCGCCGCCGCGGCCUCGAGCGGCACGUCCCCCCCGGCAGAGCCCUCACGCCGACAGUGCAGUGGCAGCAGCGGCGGUUUCGGCGACGGUGCUCCGGAGGAGUGAGCAGCAGCAGGAGCCGCACAGCGUGGGGGAGGUGGCCGCACAGAAGCACGCUGAGCCGUCUCCUCCGCCCGCCCCGACUCUGACUCCAGUACUGCCCAUGGCUCUGCCCGAAGGAAGGACGGAGCUCCGGUGCUGACAGGGGACGUUACUCUCAUCCUCCCAGCCAGGACUCCCAGCUCUAUCGGGCUGGACUUCUGAACUCUGCCGGACCGGGACUUCUGAGUUUUCCCCCCACUCUGUCCGGCCGGCCCGUUCCUGCACCUACCUUCCCGGAUUUCGGCCGGGACUUUCACCCCCUUGUCCCGGUACUCCAAGCCACUUCCCCAUGGCGUGUUACUACAUCGUCAUCAGCUCCACGCACCUCAGCAACGGACACUUUCGCAACAUCAAGGGAGUUUUCCGCGGCCCCCUCAGCAAGAAUGGCAACAGGCACCUGGAUUACGCAGAGAAGGAGAAGGCCAUGGCGAAAGCCCUGGAUGACCUGAAGGCCAACUUCUACUGCGAACUCUGUGACAAGCAGUACUACAAGCACCAGGAGUUCGACAACCACAUCAACUCGUACGACCACGCACACAAGCAGAGGCUGAAGGACCUCAAGCAGAGGGAGUUCGCCCGCAAUGUGGCCUCCAAGUCCAGGAAGGAUGAGAGGAAGCAGGAGAGAGCCCUUCGCCGUCUGCACCAACUGGCCGAGCAGCGCCGAGAGGUCCAAUGUGCCCCGGGGUGUGGUCCAAUGUUCAAGUCCACCACAGUAGCAGUGGAGAGCAGCUUCAGGGAUGAUUGCUGCCGGGGAAGCGUGGGGGGUGUGCUGCCUGCCACAUUGGAACCAGGAGCGCAGAGUGAUGCCUCCAAGCAGGCCCAGUGGCCCUCUCCCAACAAGGGCAGGAAGCAGGCCUACGGCCAGAAAAUAGCUUUUUCCUUCUCCUUCCCAAAGAAGGCGUCCAUUAGACUGGAAUCAUCGGCCGCAGUCUUCUGCGAGGCCGCUGAUGAGGGAUCAACACGGCGGAGCUGCAGGCAGAAGCUCAGGAGAGCUCCUGUUGAACUCCUGUCCACUGGACUUCUCGAGACUGAGAAAACAGUCAGCGAUGAGGAUGUGGCCCGAGAGGCCGGUGCAAAACGGGGUGAAGAUCAAAGCAGCACCGAGCAGAGACAGGGGUCCUCGGACCCCGCCAGGAAGAACGACAGCCCACUUCCUGGCUUAGAUCUUUGCGUUUUACUGGGUAACCCUUUGAAAACGGGCAGCCCCUGCCACGUCUCUCAGCAGUCCAUGGCUCCUCUUUUAAAUGGUGGUGAUGCUUUUCCAGGUGACCCUGUGGAAUCCUUAAAGAGUGACACAGCAGACAAUAAACUGGAACAUGCAGAAGGGGCCGAACAAGUGCUGGAGAUGGACAGGAGUGUCCCUCUUGAUGGACUCCCCUCCUUAGUAAAGGACACCGCUGCUUCCCCUGAAGUGGACUCACAUAGCCACGAAAAGGAGGUCGUCAGCUUUGGUGAAAAGACCCCUACUCCCCUUCCAAAACCAAGCCAACCCUUCUGCUCUGUCCUGAGCAGAGAUGGGAGCACGGUUCUCCCAUGGCCAUCAGAGAUGUUGACCUUCACGAGAACAGAGCCGUCACUAUCAUACAGCUGCAACCCACUACACUUUGACUUCAAGGCAUCAAGUGGCAGGAGCCAAGUGAGCAAAAUCCAGGAAGUGGCCGGGCCUCAGAUCAACAAGGAAUCCGGUGCUGAUGUGACCUCUGCCGGUCCGGAAAGGCCUCUCCACCUCGACAAGCACAACAAGGAGGCCUCAGCCAGCCUGGGUGACAGCUCAGGUCAGGAGAGCUCUGAUGGGUCCUUUACUCAGGAUCUGACUGAUCCAGCAGGCAGAAAGGAGGAUCACGUGUGUGGCCGGCACGCACGUGCCGUGGAUGGCCAGAAGCGGCCACAUAAGUAUAAGUGCAACCGGAGACACUCCAGAGAGAGGAGGCACGGUAAGCGUCGUGUGGACAAACCACGAGGCAGAGACAGGUGUGGCCGCAGAAGCCACAAGAGGAGGAGAAGGAGGAAACGGAACACACAGCGGGAGAGAGGGAGAAGCAGGAGUAUUGUGGAGAGACCUGAAAAUGUGCUGAAGGGAUCUGGGAGCUGGGACGAGUGCGAAAGCCAGUUGGGAAGCAGUGUUUCAGAACAAGCUGAGCAGUUAGAAGAUGCAGAGAAAGAUGAUGGGGCCAGGAAGGACGCCAUGGAGACAAAGAGUCAGGAGGCAGAGGAUCACAGCAACUGCGGAGCGAGUGUUCAUACUCAAUCCAACGAUCUCCACAUCAAGCCUGAAGUGGAGCUGGGGAAUAAAGAUGAAGAUCUAAGAGUCCUGUUAGAGGAAUGUGGGAGCCUCGUACAGCCAUGCUCUUGUGCCUGUGGGGCACUGAACAUGGGGAGAUCCCACCUCGGCAGUGCGAGGGAGGGAUGGGUGAGGCUAGGGAGGUGUGCUCCCAAGUUCCAUCAGGGCUGCCUCCUGAAGAGGAGGAGAAGUGAGUCAGAGAGUGAGGAAGACAGGCACAGUGGCAAAAGGCAGCCGGGCUCACACAGCACGUCAUCAGUAGGGGGUGCUAGUGAGAACGAGGAUGAGGAGGGGCAGGAGAUGGCUCACUCAGUGGUGAGUAGGUGCAGUAAAAGACAGAGGAGAUGUAGUCCAAAUGCAGUAUCAAAUGUGGAGAUGAGUGGUCCAGAUCGAUGCAUAUCAAGUAUGUGUUUAGAAGAUCCUCUCAUAUAUAUAGACCCUGAAUCUGCAGGGCUAGAAAACAGCAUCCCUGAGAUAGUCACAGAUGUAAGCAAAAGUCCACUAACUCCGGAAGACAUUUUAAUCCGCCACGUGAAUGACGAGAGACCAUUAGAUAAUUCCGGAAAUCAGGACUCGGCUGAGAGGGAUUCGGGUGACCUGGUGCUGGAGUGUGUUAAUUGGUUGGCCUCUCCUGCUACUAACCUCAAUGCACAGUGUAGCAGGGACACCAUUCUUAUGGUAGAUCCAGCGGUAGAGAUGAAUGCCGAAAGUGAGAUCAAGGACACCGGCGCCGAGUCGGCGGUACCGAUACCCGCUGCUGAGGGCAGCGACAGGCCUGCAGCUGAAGUUCACCUUUUUCAGCAGACGGGGGAGGAACCCCCACGGAAGGAGCCACAGAGCCACGUAAAGGUCGGCAAACCUUUCCAGCACAGUCUGCAGUGCCCGCAUGAGAGGGGCCCCCAAGGGCCCUGGUGUCAGGAGGGGAAGCUGACCCGAGAGGGCCUCACCUCCCUGCAGGCAUCUCCGCAGGGUUUUCAGCACCUCUCAGACACAGAGAAGCACCCCAUUCUCCAUCUGCCGGUCCACAGACACACGUUCCCCGGGAAGCUGAAACCGGUGCUGUCCAGGCCUCCUGUGCCUGUGUCUCAGCCCGUACUGCAUCCGGUGCACCUGGCCCCUCCCAUGUCGUCUGCCUCCAUCACCAUCCGCCACACCAUCCUGCAGCACCAUGCUGCCUUCCUGCCCCCUCAGACACCGCUCUUCUCCCAGGUCUUCCCCCUUGCCCGGCUGCCCCUGGGGCCCGAGAUAUGCCCGACCCCGGGACCGUCCGCUUUCAUGCCGCAACCUCAGCUCUCAGUGAUGGCCCCGGCCAGUAUCCACCCAAUGGCGAUGACCUUUCACGCUCUACCCCGGCCGGCCAUGUUCCCCCCUGUGCUCCCACCCCACCCAGCCGUCAUACCCCUACAACCUCUGUUCUGACCACGUUCGGCUUCCAGAUGGGUCCACCCUGAAUCUCCACGCACGCAGCCUAGCACCUCUCUCACUCUAAGCACUCCAGGAAAACACUUUCCUUCUACACUAAACCGUGUUUUAGGAACAGGAAGAGGGGAGAGGGAGAUAUUUCUGUUUUUAGUCCACCCCCCCCCACCCAACCCAAAACAAGCUUCUGUCUCCAGGAGGUAACGGCUGCAUGUCAAUCAGCUCUUAUCCUCUCCAUUAAAGACAGUCAUGUUUUCAAUUAAAAUCCAUCCCAUUUUUCAUUGUUUCGCAAAGACAACAAUUAGCAACUGCAGUCUAUUAUAUCCUUUAAUACUAGCACAGUGCUACAAUAUGUUUAGGGCAAUGGUGGUACUCUUAUGCACAAAUGUGAGAGUACAGUAUAGUCUACUAUCCAUGACUGAUGUUAAUUAGUGAGACACAUAAAUAAGCUGAGGUAAAUCGUACAUUGUACACCAUUACCCAUCUGGUCAUCACCUUUUACAAUAUUCACCUCUUUACAGUUUUGCCUUUGAAUUCCAGAGCUUUUAUGUUCCCUGUCUAGGGUUUGCCUCUUAGAUUUAUGCCAGUCUGUUACUGUUAAUUAGGCCAGAUCAAAUAGCAUCCCAGAAUCCCCUCUAACAGAGUGUUGUAUGUGAAGAAGUGUGCUUGUCCAUGGCCGGCAGGAGCGAGAAUUCCAGGUUAAAAUACUGGUUUAUUUUGAGUGGCUUAUUUUGACAAGCUAAACAGGCAGUGCCACGGGGCAAGGAUCGCAAUGACAGCGUCAUUGUUGGCGACUGUGCCACAGGAUGUUGCUGCCCGGGUGUCUUUACGGUCUCGACAGGAGCGUGAAGUACCUGCCCCUUAGCUGGACUUAAGACUUUCUGCUUUUAUACAGUCAUCUCUCCGGGUGCACAAUGUUAGGACGUUUUCUGCAAUGACCUCAUUGUUACUGCGCAGAACUGUACAGCUUGUACAUUGUAUGUAUUUAUAAUGCUACUGUAAGACUGUAAAAUAUAUAUAUAUAGAAAUAUACAUAAUUAUAUAUAUUCCUGUUUUUAUUGUGCAAGGCUCCCUGUAUGUAUUCCCUAUUUAGAUAAACAA